CUUAAUUUCUAAGCCAUCAGGCGUAUCUCGGACAAGAAGCAUUAGGGUACUUAGCUCUUUGCAAAUAAGGUCAUUUCAAUCAUCUCAAUGGAGGAAUCAUGAAAACCCAUUGGGUCUUCCAAAAUUGAAGAAGGAUAAAAAUGCCCCAGAAAUGCCCCGUAUGUCAAAGGGGUUACCUAUUAAGCAGAAAAUUCCAGGUGUGAACAAAAUAGUAUUAGUAUCAUCGGCAAAGGGAGGAGUUGGGAAGUCCACUGUCUCAAUAAAUGUUGCAUUAUCAUUACAAAAACUUGGUAAAAAAGUCGGUAUUCUUGAUGUAGAUCUAUUUGGACCCUCAAUUCCAAAACUCUUAAACCUUUCGGGGGAGCCCCGGAUAUCAGAGAACGGGAAACUCUUACCCUUGAGUAACUAUGGACUUGAAUCAAUGUCAAUGGGCUACUUAAUCAAACCGGAAAAUCCAGUUGUAUGGAGAGGAUUAAUGGUAAUGAAGGCAUUACAACAAUUGCUAUUUGAAGUUCAGUGGUCUAACCUAGACUACUUGGUCGUCGACAUGCCUCCUGGAACUGGUGAUACCCAGCUCACCAUCAGUCAACAACUAAAAGUCAAUGGUGCAAUUAUAGUGACAACCCCUCAAGACAUUGCAUUGAUUGACGCAGUUAAGGGAAUAGCCAUGUUCAAUAAGGUUGACAUACCACUCUUGGGCUUGGUACAGAACAUGAGCCACUACAUCUGUCCUAAUUGCCACCACGAAUCUCAUAUAUUUGGAAGUAAAGGUGCCGAAAGGGAAGCUAAAAACCACGAUUUAGAAAUACUUGGAUCUAUUCCCUUGAACGAAGAGAUUUGUACCCAGUCCGACGCCGGUAAGCCUGUUGUUGUCAGUUCUCCAGACUCUCCAAUAUCAGAUCCAUACGUUGAUAUAGCUAGAAAGGUCUUGAACCAAUUGGAAUAAUCCAUCAAGAGAUCAA